UCACAAAAGCGAGUUUUUUUCCUUUAGUUUAAUAUUACUGUGGUUAUUUCGUGUCCUCCUCCAGUGUAGUAUUUCGAAGGAAGGGGUAGCCCUUGUCUUGUUUUUCACGUGAAGCAAUUCUAGAACGAAUCACCUUCGAUUUAAAUACUGGAAAUUAGCUGUCUGCAUCAAACUGUAUGUGAAAAUAAUUUGAUGCUGUAAAUAUAGGUGCAUGUUAUGGCAGGGAGUACCACGAAGACCGUUCACGAUAUAUUUCAAUCUAUGGAGUACGGACCAUCUAGUUCUUCCUCCAGCACUGCACAGUCUUGGCUGGACCAGCACUCUCGUUCUUUAGGGCUCUUCAUCGAUGGGAAGUUUGUUAGCCCAACGGGCAGGCAGUCACGCACUGUGACCGAUGCGACGGGUGGAAGUGUGUGUACCACAGUCUGUGCGACAGAGGAUGACAUUUCUGCCUCCAUGUCCUCUGCGACCAGUGCUUACAAGGCCUGGAAUGACCUGAGCUGUUACCAGAGAGCCAAGGUCUUUCUGAGGUUGGCGAGCGUACUGCAGAAACACAGCCAAUGUGUGUCAGAGCUGUGUGAGCUCUCCCAGUCUCCCACCUCUCCUGCCACACUGGUCAGACUGGCCCAGUACUACGCUGGUUGGGCUCAGAUACGAGACACGUCUAUGCCUGACUGGACCCCACGAGGUGUGGUUGCAGUCGUUGGCUCUGAUGACUGUUCUCUGUACUCUCUCUGGCUGAAGGCUAUACCAGCUUUAGCUAUGGGCAAUGCUGUUACUGUAAUCCCUGGCGUGGCAACAGCCCUUCCAAGUCUGCUACUGGCCCAGCUGUUUGUGGAGGCGGGACUUCCUUCUGGAGUGCUCAGCGUCUUGACGGGCAGUGAUAUGUCAUUGGGAGCUCAAGUGGCACAAAAUUCUCAAGUGAACUAUCUGACCUACAGUGGCAACAAACAGGAUGGAGAGAUGUUGGCUAAGCAGACAGCUGGCUGGGGGGUACCUGUCUCUUACUCUCUCUCCCUCAGCUCUGUGUGUCCUCUCAUUAUCUUUGAGUCUGCUGACAUUGACAGUGCUGUGGAUGGAGUGAUUGAGACAGCAUUCAAAAAGAAGAGAGAGUGGCGGUGGGUGUUGUGUGUGCAGGAGUCAGUUUGGGACAGUGUUGUUGCCCGGCUGAGGUUGAGAAUGACAGGGAUGAAGAGUGUUCCCCUGUUGGCUAAUUCAGACAGGGCUGUGGUGGACGCUGCAGUGCAAGAGGCUCAGCAGCAGGGGGCGACAUUGAUCCAGUCCUGUACUCCACCUCCCUCAGGGUCUGCGUAUCCACCCACAGUGUUAUGUGGAGUUGCUCCCUCCUGUGCUUGUGUUGUCUCCCCUCCGCCUGGACCCGUCCUUCCUCUCCUCUCCUUCAGGAGCAACGCAGAGGGAGUCACACUCGGUAACCACAGUCCACACGGUCAGGCCGCCUCAAUCUGGACAGAAGAUCUAACCCUGGCACUGGAAUGUGCUAAGAGUCUGUCUGUGGGCUCUGUAUGGGUGAACUCUCACUCCAUCGCGGAUCCCUCGCUUCCUCUCUCUGGACGAAAAGAGAGUGGGACCAGCACUGACGGAGGUAGAGAGGGUCUGUAUCAGUUCUUGCGUCCCACCCAGUCGCCACCACUUCCUCGGUCCACGCCCAGUUCUGUGGACUACAGCUCUUUUGGAAGUGCGGAAUCCAGGGCUUCAAUUCCAGAGGGAGCUGACCCAUCCAGUAUCCCUCGCUCUUACCAGCAGUUUGUCGGUGGUCAGCAGAAGAAGGCUGACUCUGGCUGCACUAAGUCAGUUUCGGGCCCAGGGGGCGCUGUUCUGGCUUACUGCCCAGACGGAGGGAGGAAGGACGUCCGUAACGCCGUGGAGGCAGCCGCCAAGGUCCAGCCAGGCUGGAUGAAGAAAAGCCCAUCUGCGCGCGCUCAGUCACUCUACUCCCUGGCUAACAAUCUAGAGAAGAGGGGGCGGGACAUAGCUACAUCAAUCCACAAGCAAACUGGCCUCUCACUGGAAGAAGCUAGCAAGGAGGUGGAGCUUAGCGUCUUCAGGCUCUACGAUUUGGCGGCUUGGUGUGAUAAAGAGAGGGGUGGAGUCCAGCUCCUCCCCCAAUCUGGCUCUGCCCUGUCCAUCCCAGAGGCCAUAGGGGUGGUGGGUGUGAUCUUACCUGACCGAAAACCCAUCCUCUCCUUGGUUUCCCUGCUUGGAGCAGCUGUUGCCGUGGGCAAUGCUGUAGUCAUGGUACCCAGUGAAAAAUACCCUCUUCCAUCACUGGAGUUCAUCCAGGUGCUUGUGGACUCUGAUCUCCCAGCAGGCGUGGUCAGCGUCAUCACAGGGGGCAGAGAUCAGCUUACCCAUGCGUUAGCCAAUCACAGCGUCAUACAGGCUAUAUGGUACUGGGGCAGUAAAGAAGGAUGUCAGUUCCUCCAGCACUCCUGCUGUAGCCCUCUGAAGCGUCUGUGGCUACACAGUGAGGAAGAGGAGGAAAAGCAAGGAGGAGGAAGAGACUGGACUCAUCCCUCACUUCUCGAAGAAAUUUGGAGAGAGGCUGUAGUGUGGAAGAGUCUUUGGAUUCCCACUGCUUAAAUCUGAGAGAGAGAGAGUGAGAGAGAGAGAGAGAGAGAACGAGAGAGAGAACGAGAGAAGAAUGAAUUUAACAAAUAUUGAAAUAUUGAUGAUAAUCAAUAAAUUAAAUAGUUUUGGAAGGAUGAAGGAGGUUAAUCAAGCUCAGGUCUUUGCAGAGGCUGAAAAAAAGAAGUAUUUCACAAUGCACUUAAUAAGGAAAGAGAGAGAAGUUAAAGAGGAAUUGAAAUAACCAAGUUGAGUCUGAAACAUGCGGCCCAAGAAUGUGUCUGCUUUUUUGAGGUCAAAAAUGAACGGCGAAAGAGGAUGAAGUUGAAAGAACCUUUUAUUUUCUGUGGUCUCUUUCUCUGUUGCUGGUUAUGUCCAUGGUGUUCUCCAACACACAAAGGUUUUUGUUUUAAUAUGGUAUAACUCAAAUUCUUCUAUUGUACCAGACACUCAUACGUCUGUUUUUUUUUUAACAUUCCCAGACAUGUUAAAACAAGCCCUUUUAAUCAAACAGUUACACACCCUGCCCUCUGCUUUCAUUCACAUAAUAAAGGAUGUUUGAGAGUAAAGUUCAAACUAAUACUGUACCCAAAUAUACUGUAACACUGAGUCUCAGUUACGGGUGUGUUAUACCGAUGGUAACAAGUUCUGAGCCUGACCAAACAUGAAACAUGUACUUAAAGUCUCAAUGUGUAAAGAUGGAGUGCUUAAUUGCAUUGAAGUCCAGAAAUAAAGUAAUUGUUAACCUUAAA